GACCCUGGCGGUUCAGCUAGAGGGCAGUUCAGAGCUGAUUAAAGUUCUGAGGAGUGGAGGAGCUCACCUGGACUUCAGGACUAGAGACGGAAUCACAGCGCUGCACAGAGCUGUUCUCUCUAGGAACCACACAGCACUCACAACUGUGUUGGACCUGGGUGCGUCUCCAGACUAUAGGGACAGUCGUGGGUUAACUCCGUUGUACCACUGUGCCAUGGUGGGGGGAGACCCGUACUGCUGUGAACUGCUGCUGCAUGAACACGCUGUCAUAGGCAGCACCGACGAGAAUGGCUGGCAGGAGAUCCACCAGGCAUGUCGUCAUGGGAACGUGCAGCACCUGGAACAUCUGCUGUUUUACGGAGCCGAUAUGAGCUCUCAGAAUGCCUCAGGGAACACUGCCCUGCACCUGUGUGGUCUAUACAACCAGGUAACACUACACCUGUGUGGUCUAUACAACCAGGUAACACUACACCUGUGUGGUCUAUACAACCAGGUAACACUACACCUGUGUGGUCUAUACAACCAGGUAACAUUACACCUGUGUGGUCUAUACAACCAGGUAACACUACACCUGUGGUCUAUACAACCAGGUAACACUACACCUGUGUAGUCUAUACAACCAGGUAACACUACACCUGUGUGGUCUAUACAACCAGGUAACACUACACCUGUGUAGUC